AUGAGUUUCAGUCUCGAAAAGAGCCUCGAGCCAAGGCACCUUUACGGUACCGAGGGCGAGAACACGCCGAAAGCUCCGGCAUCAGAGCACGCCAGUACAAUUCGUGUUGCUGAUGGAUAUACCAUGAUCAAGCCAGGCCAGAUGUACAGACAGGCCGAAGAGAAGCCUGGCCGCCGCCAGGCUGACUACCCUCAUCUGCACAACCUUGCUGAAUCCGUCUUCCGCCGUACCAAACACGCGCCUCUCCCCAUCAAAGAUACCGAGCACAAGCGCCGGGAGAAGCUCUGGAACGAUGCAGCAGAUGCCGUGAGAGAGGCUAUUGCUGGCAUUGCUCCCGGCACACAUGUUGCUAUCUCUGCCAACAGUGGGCCACAUGACUCCAAGCUCGAGGCCAAACCUCCAAGCGCAAUCGUGCCAGGGGCCGCUGUUGGCUUGCUCUUGGUAGCUGAGUUCCGAAAGGAGGCCGAGCCUAUUCACAAGGACUGGUACCAGGUCGCCAUUCCCAUUCGGCGUGAUGAAGGCCGACUUCUCGCUGGACUUCGCCUGAUCCCCACGGUUCUCGAGCGCCACGAUCUCACUUACACGGUCACCAAUCUGACCAACAUCACUAUUGCCCCUGAAUCCAUGAGCAUCGUGAAGGACCACCCUGAUCUACCCUACGGCUCAGUGGCCAACUCGUGGAAACCGACCAACCUGGGCUGCUGGUUCCACCAUGGCGGUCUCUUCGAAUCGGAAUACCACACCUUCAAGGCGAGCUUCGCGUGGGAUGGCGACCUUUACGGAUGGGACGAGGCUGUGCUCUUCACUCGCAAGCCAAUCUCGGUCAUUAGUACCACCAAGCCGGAUCGAAGAUUCGAUCACUGGAGUCCGGACUCCGUCUACGAGAAUGUAAACUGGUUGCAGGUGGUCGAUGGGCAGUGGCGCGGCGGGUUCCAGGCGGUCACUAGACGUGCGGAUGUUAUUACUUGGGACAAGCAUGGCAUACCUCAAGGUAAGAUCGAGAAAUACUAA